UCCCGGUUCUGCUCCCCGCCCGGCCCGGCCCGUCCAGCCGCCGGGAUGAUCAACGCCAUCCUGGUGUUCAACAACCACGGCAAGCCGCGGCUCGUCCGCUUCUACCAGCACCUGGCAGAGGAGGUCCAGCAGCAGAUUAUCCGAGAGACUUUCCACCUGGUGCUGAAGCGGGACGACCACAUCUGCAACUUCCUGGAGUGCGGCAGUCUGUUUGGCGGCUCGGACUACAAGCUGAUCUACCGCCACUACGCCACGCUGUACUUCGUUUUCUGCGUGGACUCCUCGGAGAGCGAGCUGGGCAUCCUGGACCUCAUCCAGGUGUUUGUGGAGACGCUGGACAAGUGCUUUGAGAACGUCUGUGAGCUGGACCUCAUCUUCCACAUGGACAAGGUUCACCACAUCUUGCAGGAGGUGGUGAUAGGCGGCAUGGUGCUGGAGACCAACAUGAACGAGAUCGUGGCGCAGGUGGAGGCCCAGAGCAAGCUGGAGAAGGUGGAGGGGCUGGUGGUCACUGGUCGCUCCCGUCGGCAGGGAGGCCUCUCGGCCGCUCCUUCCCGCGCGGUCUCGGCUGUGAAGAACAUCAACCUGCCAGAGAUCCCUCGCAACAUCAACAUCGGAGACAUCAACAUCAAAGUGCCCAACCUGUCGCAGUUCAUGUGAGCGUCCCGUGGCGGGGAGGGCUGCCCACGCACGCGGGCCGUGGCCUGGGCUGGCUGGGGGAGAGGAGCUGGGCUCCGCUGGGCUCCCUGUGCCCCUCCUGGGUCUCUGCCCACCCUGGCCCGGCCUGUGCAGCAGGAUGGUGUGAUGCCGGGGGGCCUGUGCUGGCUGGCAGAGGGUAGGGAGCGGUGAUGGGGUGUGGGGCUCAGCAAGAAUGGGGUGGUGCUGCCCGCCUGUCUGUCACCUUGGACCUGGGCUUGGUUCUGCUCUCUGGUCUCCCAACAACAAAGGUGGCCUUCCUUCCCCUUCCUCUUCCCUCCCCAUGGAUGUGCAGCCUCUCUCCUCCCUGUGGGGGGAAGAGCCUCUCCCAGCACUUCUUGGAAUUCCUGCUUGUAAAAAUGCACCUGUAGCUGGUGGCUCCUGGAGGAGCCGUAGGUUGUCAUCUCCUCCAUCCUCCCUGGGCUGGGCUGUCCCCUGCCCGACAUCCCCAUGCCCGCCCUGGUCCUGCUCGCUGGGUCUGGCACCCCAGGCUGGGAUUGGUACCAACCAGGGCUGCUCAUCGGAGCUGCUGCGAGGUCUGGAGCCGGGGCCAGCAGCGGUGGUACCUGCUAGACUGGGAGACACCGGCAGUGAGCGGGCAGGGAGCUGCCUGCUGCCUCUGCCUGGGCUGGGCAAGCCUGUGCCGAAAGCUGCGGGGAAGAGCAGCCAGCUUGCAGGCUCGGGGCCAGGCCAGGCUGGGGCCUCCUGGAGCAUGUCUCUGUGUCCUAAUAAACCACCGUGUCAACCUG